CAUUCGAACCAGACCUUCUACAGAUGGCAGCGGAUUUGAAGAGACUUUGUGUUUGGAUCGCAUUCGGAUUGCUGUUGUGCGGAUUCCGAGUAAAGGGCCAGCGGGAGCGGGCAUUUCCCAAUCCGAAUCCCUAUCCGCAGCCGGAUCCAAGCAGACCACCACCGCCUCCACCCUGCGGAAGGCCACCACCGGGACCACCGCCACCGGGUCCACCUCCGCCAGGUCCGCCGCCCGGCUGUCCGGGCGGUCCACCUCCAAGACCGCCACCCCACAGGGAAAAUCACCCAUGGAGACCCCGUCGUCCGCACCCAGAACACCAUCGCAACUUCCACAACAUCUACCUGAACACCGAGCGCAAAGUGGACGGGGAUAAUUACAACAAGACCGCGGAGACGGAGGAUUUGCACGACGAUUUCAAUGGUCGAUCGAUUGUGGCACCCGGACAGUAUCCGCACAUGGCCGCUCUAGGAUUCCGAAAUGAGAACCACGAGAUCGACUACAAAUGCGGCGGCAGUCUGAUCAGUGAGUACUUUGUGCUCACGGCCGCUCAUUGUUUAACCACUCACGGCACCGCUCCCGACGUGGUAAAAAUAGGAGACAUUAAGCUAAAAGAGUGGGAAAACGAUGUGGCUCCCCAAAAACGACGUGUAGAGAAAAUUUAUUUGCAUCCUCUGUACAACUCCACACUUAACUACCAUGACAUUGGACUAAUCAAGUUGAACCGACCGGUGGAAUACACCUGGUUUGUGAAACCAGUGCGUUUGUGGCCUAAAAAUGAUAUACCAUACGGGAAACUUUAUACAAUGGGAUAUGGAUCGACGGGAUUCGCUAAGCCGCAAACCAAUAUCCUGACGGAACUGGAUCUGUCGAUGGUGCCCACAGAACAGUGCAACACCAGUCUGCCCGCCGAUGAGGGUUCUCCCCAGGGGAUACUUUCCAGUCAGAUAUGCGCCCAUGACUAUGAGAAGAAUCGCGAUACAUGUCAGGGCGAUUCUGGAGGACCUCUUCAGUUGAACUUGGAGCGUCGACGUCGCCGUCACAGAAGUCGAAGGCAUUACCGCUACUACCUCGUUGGCAUCACUUCCUAUGGAGCUUAUUGUCAGAGUGAAUUCCCAGGUGUUUACACUCGCGUUUCAUCCUACAUUGACUGGAUAGCAUCUAUAGUGUGGCCUAACUACUAUAGCGAGUUUACUGAUCAAUAAAAAUAAAUAGUUAUUAAUAAAGUUUUGCAAUCAAA